GUUUCAGCACCGGGGACAGCGGCAGCAUCUCCGCCUCCGCCCCGCCCCUCUCUCAUCCGCCGGAGCCACCCAGCCCUGGGUGCGUGCGGGGCGGGGGGAGGAGAAGAAGAAGGAUCGGAGGAGCCUCGCGAGAGCUGCGGCCGCUGCAGCAGGAGGCGCCGGUGGGCGCUGCGGGUCCGGAUCCGGGGAAGACGUUCGGCGGGGCCCGAGGACCGAGGCAGCGAAGCGCUUUAUUGGUGGUGUGACAAGUUCUUCUGUCUAUCUGUGGAAUAAAGACUGGGCGACAUCAUGGGAGAAAGAAUCAACAAUUUCCCUCCUCUCCCUCGUUUCAUCCCAUUGAAACCGUGCUUUUACCAGGAUUUUGAUGAGGAAAUCCCACCCCUACACCGAACCACAGUCAAACGUCUUUACUACCUCUGGAUGUUGAAUAGCAUCACCUUGGCAGUGAAUCUGAUUGGUUGCCUUGCAUGGAUGAUCGGAGGUGGUGGAGCAGUUAACUUUGGACUGGCAAUUCUCUGGCUCAUUCUCUUUACGCCUUGCUCCUAUGUCUGCUGGUUUAGACCCAUUUACAAAGCCUUCAAGACAGACAGCUCCUUCAGCUUCAUGGCUUUCUUCUUCACCUUCAUGGCUCAGCUGGUGAUCAGCAUCAUCCAGGCAGUCGGGAUCCCUGGCUGGGGAGUCUGUGGCUGGAUUGCAGCAAUAUCUUUCUUUGGGACGAAUGUGGGGUCGGCUGUCGUGAUGCUCAUCCCCACCAUCAUGUUCACAGCCAUGUCCGUCUUCUCCUUCAUUGCCCUCAGUAUGGUCCAUAAAUUUUACCGAGGAAGUGGUGGGAGUAUCAGCAAAGCGCAAGAGGAGUGGACGACGGGAGCCUGGAAGAACCCCCACGUGCAGCAGGCAGCUCAGAACGUGGCGGUUGGUGCUGCCCAGGGAGCCAUGAUGCCACAUGAGACGCAGUAUUCGGCCACUCCUAACUACAACUACCCCAAUGACAUGUGAGGUGCGACCUUCCCCACCCAACUAGAACUUCCCGAGUGAGAUGUGAACCUGAAGGGUUUGUGACUUGAAGUGGGCAGGAAGAACUGGAGGAGAGCGUGUGUGUUUCUCUGUGUAUGUAAAUUUCACUGUAUAGGAGGGUUGGCGCAGGGCUGGCUGUAUAAAAGCCUCCUUGAUGGGAUGGAGGCAUGUCAAAAUCCUUAUUCUUCCUCCACCCUUUGACUUUGUUCUAGGAUAAUUGUCCUUGGAGAUAAUUUGUUCUCUCUCUCUCUCUCCCCUCCCCCCAAUCUGAAGAAGCUGUUGCGUUGACAUGCAGGACUAUUGUGUCGUGCUGUAGUGACUGUACAUGUGUGUGCUGGUCUCCCUCCCCCUUUUGUGAAACAAUGUACAGUGGUGGUUUUUAAAUUUUA